AUGAUGAUCGAAUCGUUCUUCCUGCUCCCGGUCCUCCUGGCCGCGGCGACCGCUCCUCUCCCCACCGCGGCCAUCACCACAGUCGAGGCCUCGCCGCCCGCGUGCCUGCUCGCCGUCCUCAGCAAGCAGUCCACCCCUUGCAAAAUCGCCGAGAUCUGCAAAGACAGCCAGGACCGCGUCCUCGCCGCCAUCGAGAACGUCUGCCUCCCCGACCGCGUCGAGCCCGCCCGGCAAGCCUUCGCCAGCGCCUGCUCCGCCCGCGGCGUCGACGUCACCGCCACGCCCACUGCUGCUGGCGGUGAUGGCGGCUCGAGCGGCGGCGGCAUUCACGCCCCGGGGCCCGAGGUCCUUCUCUACGCCGUCGUCGGUGCCUGGGCUGCCAGCGCCGUGAUCAGCAUCUACCUUGUCUAA